AUGUGGGAGGUUGAAGAAGAUAUCGAACUUUCCCAACGUAUCAGUGUUUGUGUUAUUCGUCCAAAAAUUGGUGGCGGUGGCGAUGCUGGUGAUAUUGAUACAGAAGACAGCGAAUAUCAAUUAAUACAAUCUCAAAAACAUUCUACAUAUGCUGCAGCUGCUAAAUUAGUCUCUCCGGCCGGAUUGCUUUCACGAGAAGUAGCAGCAAGUGGUGACACGAAUAGAGACCCGGAAUUUGUUAAAUAUAAAAUAUACAAGAAAUCUCUGAAUUAUAAAACUACUACCAAGUCUAAAGAAAAAAAAAAGAAAUUAGAAGUUUUUUAA